AUAUUUAGGAAUGAACAACUGUGUUCCCAUUGAUUCUCUCCCCUUUUCUGUGUGUCAAUCUCGGUUUUGUCCCUUUUCAACUGAAAACCUAACCUAACCAAAGUGAACAGAAAAACGAAAUGGGGCGCUUUUGGACUUUCCUCACCCAUGUUCACUCCCUUGCUGGACCAGCGGUGAUGUUACUCUAUCCUUUGUAUGCAUCAGUGAUAGCCAUAGAGAGCCCAUCCAAGGGGGACGAUCAGCAGUGGCUUGCUUAUUGGAUUCUGUAUUCAUUUCUGACUCUGGCAGAGAUGGUUCUCCAACCCCUUUUAGAGUGGAUACCAAUUUGGUAUACGGUGAAGCUAGUGUUUGUAGCAUGGCUGGCCCUGCCUUACUUCAGAGGGGCGGCAUUCAUAUAUGAUAGAUUUGUUAGAGAGCAGAUAAAGAAACGUGGGCUGGUGAAAAGUCAUGACCUUGACAAUAGGUCCCCAGAUGGCAAGGCCAAGAACAAGUUUGUGGACUUCCUCGUCCAUAAGAAAGGUGAGCAUGAGGCUUCAUAAGGGGCAACAAGGAGAGGCAUCCGUUUUAAUUGAUGGCUUGUUUUCAGGCUUUCUCUUUAUUCUUUUUAGAGUGUUUGGCACAAGUUAAAAAAUAUUUUAUUAAAAAAUAAUUUUUUUUUCAUAAAAUUAAAAUUUUAUUAAAAAAAUUUAAAAAUGAAUUUCUAAAGUAAUUUUUAAACAAAUUUUAAAAAUCUUAUAUUUAAAAACAUCUUAAAAAGUUAACUUUUAAUUUUUUUUAAUAAAAUUUUAAAUUUAUAAAAAAAUUUACUUUUAAAACAAAUAUUUUUUAAACUUUGUCAAACACCUUCCUUGUCCAGUAGUAGUUGUGGUUGAGGCCAUCUCAUUGGAUAUUUCCUUGUUGGUUGUGAAUGACCAAAAUGUCAUGGCCAAAAAAAAAGAAAAUUCCCAAAAUGCCACGCUUACUCUGUGUAUUAACUGAGACUUUCAAAGUUUCAAGGUUGUUAUGAAAUCUUGAAGAGUAUUCUGAUAUUAACCGGCUAACCUAAAUUUGGGGUAAAUGCAAAUGUUUCUCCAACGAAACGUUUUCCACGUAAAUCCUGGUUGAAAAGGGGGCGAUGUGGUAUGUAGGAAUGUAGGAUUUUAAAUUAGCCAAGUUUGGAAAUGUGGAGUUUCAGUUUGAGCACAAAGAUACUUAAGCAAGGUCAAGUUCAAAAGUAUUUGAUUAAUCUCCCCUCCAGUUUGACCUGUCACUAUUAAUGUUUUUUUUUAAGAUUUAUUUUUGACAAAAAAAUUAUUUUACAAUGUGGAUUAUAUAUAGUUUAUUUUGUAAAAUUAUUUAAAUGUUUUUAAUAAAAUAAUAUAAAAAUAAAAUUAAAAAUAUUUA